AUGCGUGGCCAGCUCAUCCUCAUAGAGGGCCUCGACCGUUCUGGCAAGUCUACCCAGGCUGGUCUUCUCACAGAACGUCUCGCUCAAGCUCACUCGUCCCAGUUGUACAAGUUCCCUGAUAGAUCCACUCCCAUCGGAGCUCUUAUCAACAAGUACCUCACAGACUCCAGCUUCCAGCUCGACGACCACUCAGCUCAUCUCCUCUUCUCGGCCAAUCGCUGGGAGCUCUACACAGAGUUGCUACAGGCACUCAAUGACGGAAAGUUUGUGGUUUUGGAUCGUUAUAUUUAUUCAGGAAUCGCCUACUCGUUGGCCAAAUCCAGCCUGAAGCAUGCCUCCAGCGAGCUUGGAGACGUCGACUGGCUCUACUCGCCCGACAAGGGCCUCCCCAAGCCCGAUCUCACCCUUUUCUUGAGUCUUUCCAUCGAGGAGCUCGGAAAGAGAAAGGGUUGGGGCCAGGAACGCUAUGAGUUGGAACAAUUCCAGAAGGAGGUCAAGUCGUGCUUUCUUCGGAUCUUGGACCCAUCCAAGGACUCUACCGUGCAUUUGGUGAACGUGGAAGGCAAAAGCAUCCACGAGGUGCAACAGGUGAUAUGGGACGUGGUGGUGGAAGCAGGGUGUGACAAAUUGACGGAGCUGCCAGUGCAAAAGUUGGACUGA